ACAACGACUACACAAUAUGAUGAUGUUCCUGAUCCUUACCACCUUCCUUGCUGGAGCUCUCAGUAAAGACUACCGUUCUGAUUUUAACAAGGCCUUCGCUAAGUUCCAUGUUUCUGAUGGACUUCUGAUGUCGGAGCCUCCACAAGUAGCUGCUCAGAGGUACAAGUCCUUCGUUCACUUCGCCGAGGAGGUUGAUGCAGUUAAUGGUGAUGAUGACAUCCCUUUCAUGGCCGAGAACAACUUCCUCUCCAUCCUGACUCCGGAGGAAAGGGAAGCUCACAUGGGAUUCAACUCUUCCGGUCACAUGGAUAGUGGGGAGACUGACUACGCAGCUGAGGAGAGGUUGGUCCGCCGGGAUAUUCCAGCUAGUCGAGACUUCAGCGACAGAAUCAGUGGUGUCAAAAACCAGGGAAGCUGUGGCUCUUGCUGGACAUUUGCUGCUACAGCUGCUCUCGAAGGUGAGAUGUACUUUGUAAACAGCAAGAAGGGUAUGAGUCUGUCUGAACAAGAGUAUAUGGAAUGCUCAACCAGCAGUGACGGAUGCCAGGGUGGUUGGAUGGAAGAUUGCUACACCUACUCUAAGAAGCAAGACAGGAUUGCUCCAACUAGUGCAGCUCCGUACAAGGGAAAAGAUUCAAGAAAAUGCAACUACGGAAAUGUGGCGAACGCUCUUGCUAGCAGUGAUGUCAGAGUAACUGGAAACAUCGAAAUCAAGGGUGAUGCCAAGCUACUGGAGUUUGCAUCUAAACAUAUCGUGUCUGUAGCCGUCAAAGUAAGCAACAAGUUCAUGGUCUACAAAAGUGGGGUUAUGGUGGAUAACUCCUGUAACAAGCAGCCCGAUCAUGCUGUUGCUGUUGUUGGAUACGGUGUUGAAAAGGGAAGGAAGUACUGGAAAGUGAGGAACAGUUGGGGUGUCGGCUGGGGAGACAAAGGAUACAUCCUGAUGGACCGUGAAAAGCAGAACAUGUGCAUGAUCUCAACAUACUCUCACAUCCCUAAAGUUGAAUGCAGAGGCAGCAAAUGUACCGCAGCUAAUGCUGAUGAUGAAUCUGAUGAUGACUCUGAUGAUGACUCUGAUGAUAGUGACGAUGGUGAUGAUGAUGAUAGUGACCAUGGUGGUGAUGACGAAACGAAGCUAUGCAAGAAGAGGAUAGGCCUUUUUCAAAAAUGCAAGAAAAACGAGGCUAAAGCUAAAGAAGCAUGUGAAAAUAAUUCGAUUCCUAACUGUGCUAUAAUGAAAAUGAACAAGAAUUGCUACUACAUAGAAUCAGGGAAGACCAACAAUCAGAGGUACAUUGAGGUUAUGAUGCCCUGUGAGGAGAAGGAUGAGAAGGAUGAGAAGUGCGACUCAGCUGCUGGACUGGUCUUCUGUAGCGACUGUAACUGCUGUAAGCACGAACACAUGUGCCAUGACAAGAAAUAGACAUGAUCUACUAUUUACUAAUGAACUUAUUCAAUCUUUAUUUUAUGUACUCAUAACAUUUAAUUCAAUAGAUUGCCGAUUCUUUAAUUUUCACCCUAUUUUUGUUGUACAAACUACAACUUGCA